AGGAUUUUCAAAAUUUUCAAGUAAAACAGUUGGAAGUUGGACAUUUGGCGGGCGGCUUAAUCGGAUUUCAUUGCCACCGCUUCUCUGAACACGAAUUCUCGGCCGGCAAAUACAAUGGAAGAAGAUAUCUUCGACUCAUCUCUGAAUCUAGAGGACACGCAUUACAAGCAAGGAUACUCUGAUGGUUACGCCGACGGUCUAGCCUCCGGUGUAGAGGAAGGCCGCCAGGUGGGUCUCAAAACCGGGUUUGAAGUCGGAUUUGAAUUGGGCUUCUACAGAGGUUGUAUCGACGCCUGGAUCUCUGCGAUUCGCCUCGAUCCCACUUGUUUCUCGCCUCGAGUGCAGAAAAACAUCGUGCAGAUGGAUGAAUUGCUCCGGAAGUACCCUAUAUCCGACCCAGAAAAUGAAUCUGUUACUGAUAUCAUGGACUCUUUGAGGAUGAAGUUCCGAGUUAUCUGUGCCACACUGAAUGUGAAGUUGGAGUAUGAGGGUUACCCUAGGGCUUCCGGUUUUGAGGAUACUGGAUUUUGAGGGUACAAUCGUUGUGAAACACUGCCUGUAUAUUGUGCUUUUAAAUCAUUUUGUAGUUUAGUGCUUGUCUUUCUAGUUGAAUAGUUAUAGUUCUCAAACAGAACUACUUUGUACUCUCUUUAUCAAUUUAAGAAUAUUAGUUCUUGCUUGUUCUGAAAAUUGAAUGACAUUCAGCAUCUGAACACUGUUACAUGUUUGUCAAUAGUGAGUUAUUAGAUAAUCAAUGGCGUAUAUAGCUGCACACGUGUA